AUGCCGAUUAUUCAAGAAGUGCAGUUUAGAACUGUUGACGGACUCACCCUCCAUGGCAACCUCUAUCCAGCCGAAGAGCGAGGCCCAGCCGUUGUUCUAACACCAGGGUUUGCCUGCGUGAAAGAAAUGUUUGUUCCCGAUGUCGCUGAGGCCUUCCAAGCUGCCAACAUCACAGCCUUGACCUACGACCCUCGCAACACAGGUGCUAGCGAAGGAGAACCAAGACAAGAUAUUGACCCUCUGGCCCAAGCAUCAGACUAUAGCGAUGCCCUAACCUUCCUCUCCCAACAACCAACCGUUGAUCCUAAUCAGAUCUCUUUUUGGGGGUUCUCUUUCGCGGGAAUGGUAUCCCUCACCGCCGCAGCACUCGAUCGUCGAGCCCGGCAAGUCAUCGCCGUAUGUCCACUCACGGACUUCGGCUUCAGCGGUAAGAGAGAAAAGGUCCUAGCAAAGAUUACCAAGGACCGCGAGUCACAGGUCGCUGGCAAUGUGCCCUUUUGUGUGCCCGUUCUUACCUCCAAGGGAGAAAACCCCGCAGGCUUUGGAGGAAAUCCCGAGGCAGAGGAUUAUGGCAAGAUCUUGAAUGCGCAUCAAGUUGCACCGAGCUAUAAAAAUAGUACGACCUUGCAAACGUACUAUAAAAUUGCAAGAUGGCAACCUUUUGGACUGGUUAAGAGCGUUGCACCCACUCCAGCGCUGAUCGUGACAAGUGCGGAUGAUCGGAUUUCGACGGCAAAGAAUCAGGGGAAGUUGGUAGAUAGUAUUGAUGGGCCAAAGAAGUGGCAUGUUGAACCAAAUAAAGGGCAUAUGGAUAUUUUAUCUGGAGAGUCCUUCCCAAAGCUUAUGAAGUUGCAGGUGGACUUCUUGAAAGGGGCCUAG